AUGGCUAAUCAUCGACCCUAUGACUCAAAACUUGGAAUAGUUACUGGAGGUUCACGAGGCAUUGGCGCAGCAGUUGCUGUAAGAUUGGCUACCAAAGGUUGCAAUCUUCUUCUCGUCUACACUUCCGACUCAUCAACAGGGCCGACCAGGAAGCUCUGCAGUGAGCUCUCGUCUUUGCACAGCAUCCAAUGCUCUUCAGUACAGGCCGACUUAGGCAGUCCUUCUGAGGCUGCACCUAAGGUUAUUGAUGCUGCACGGUCGUUCCAUGCUUCAUAUAGCUCAAGCAAGCCCUUCCAGAUCGAUAUUCUGAUCAACAAUGCCGGCGUCUCUUCUAAUCAGCACAUGAACGAUACUAAGCAAGGGGCUAUCAAGGAACUCGAGUUCCACCGCGUCUACAACGUCAACGUUUUGGCUCCCCUCCUCUUAACUCAAGCAGUUGCCCCGCAUCUUCCCACCGACUGCAGUGGGCGUAUCGUAAACGUUUCUAGUGUUUCUUCGUCUAUCGGGUACCAGGGUCAAUCGGUCUAUGCUGGGAGCAAAGCAGCUUUGGAAGCCAUGACACGGACCUGGAGCCGUGAGUUGGCUACUCGUGCUACCGUCAACGCUGUCAAUCCUGGUCCGGCCUGGGGCGAUAUGUACGCGGCCGCAGGACAAACUUUCUGGGACAUCAACCAGCCUUAUGUUGAUGUAGCCCCAUUAGCUCAAUAUGACGGUGAAGCAGAUAUCUUGAACAAAGCGGGAUCCGACGCUGAGCGUUUUGAUCGGAUAGUACGUGAGUCAAUGGGUGGACGAAGACCAGGGUUUACUUCUGAGAUCGCCGGCACAAUUGACAUGCUAUGUUCGGAAGAGAGUGGAUGGACGACUGGUAGCGUCAUUUGUGCCAACGGUGGAAUGAAAAUGUCAAUUUCUUAG